AUUUAAUUUUAUUUUAUGUCGGAUCCUAAGUCCAAUCCCUUCCGAAUAUACCAACUUUGGAGCACAGGAUAUAUAGACUCCGUUUGUCUUCUCCGAUCUCUUUUAUCUCCAUCCAUUUGUCUCAGUAUCACAGUAUUUCAGCUGUUCUAACCAACCCAGGGCUUAGAGUUUGAUGGAGGGCGUUGGAGGUGAACUGAACCAGCGGAGGCAUGAUUUUUCGAAGAUUUACCAGUUUUAUUUAGAUAAGAGUACACCUCAUGCUACCUAUAGAUGGAUUGGAACCUCUGUAUUAGCAUCUCUCUACGUUUUGAGGGUCUAUUAUGUCCAAGGGUUCUACAUUGUGAGCUACGGUUUGGGAAUCUACCUUCUCAAUUUGCUGAUUGGUUUUCUGUCGCCUCUUGUUGACCCAGAGCUUGAACCCUCAGAUGGUCCUAUGCUCCCUACUAAAGGUUCAGAUGAAUUUAAACCAUUCAUUCGCCGACUCCCAGAAUUUAAGUUCUGGUAUGCUAUCACAAAGGCUUUCUGUGUGGCAUUUGUCAUGACUUUCUUCUCCAUGUUUGAUGUUCCUGUGUUUUGGCCAAUAUUGUUGAUCUACUGGGCUGUUCUCUUUACCCUCACUAUGAAGCGCCAAAUUUCACACAUGCUCAAGUAUAGAUACAUCCCAUUUAACAUUGGAAAGCAGAAGUACAGUGGAAAGAAAGGAGCAAGUAGAAGCAGUCCAAGGGGGGACUAAAUUUGUGAAUGUUUCUCUGUAGAUUAGACGGGAAAGAAGAAAUGCUGGAAUUGUGUACGCUUGCUGUAUGGUUUGAACAUGGUAUUACAAAAUUGUAGUUUAAUUGAUGCAUUUUUUUAGACAGGAGUUUUUGUAUACUUUAGUUAAGCAUAUGAUAUGUAUAAUUGGAACUUGAUGCAUUUGUACUCAACGGUGCGGGUUGUGUUCAUUUUGGUUCCUAUUUUCAUCACAAUUGAGCAAUCCGUGGAGCCAUCGGGCUGCCAUAGUGUUCUGCAAACUUCUUAAGAAUGUUCCAUGUAAACAAAACAAUAUGGGUAAUUGGUUGUUUUCUUUCCCACUUUGUUUUUAGAUUUCUACUUUAUUUAUAUGUUGUUGUUUAAGGUUGUCUUAGGUAUUAUAAGAAGCUUACUUGUAAGGUAUGAAAUGAUCUUUUUCCCCGCA